AUGCAUGAAAAUGAGAGGAAUCAGACUUAUUUGAUGAAUAAGGAGAACGAAGUCCGGGUUUUGGAGAAAAAGAAAUCUGAUAGGAGUGAUAAUUUUACAAAUAUAAGCAAGACAACAAGUUCAAAGGCUAGAAUGAACCAAGAGGUAGUAGAGAUUGGGGAAG